CUGGCGGGGGGCGGCCGGCCGGCUCGAGCGGGGCCGGGGGUGCUCAUGGCGGGCGGGGGACCCGGGGACCCGGGCCAGGGGGCGGAGGGGGCGGCCGCGCCCGAGACCCGCGAGCACCUCUUCAAGGUGCUGGUCAUCGGCGAGCUCGGCGUGGGCAAGACCAGCAUUAUCAAGCGCUACGUCCAUCAGCUCUUCUCCCAGCACUACCGGGCCACCAUUGGGGUGGACUUCGCCCUCAAGGUCCUCAACUGGGACAACCGGACGCUGGUGCGCCUGCAGCUCUGGGACAUCGCGGGGCAGGAGCGAUUUGGCAACAUGACCCGGGUAUACUACAAAGAAGCUGUUGGUGCUUUUGUAGUCUUUGAUAUAUCAAGAGGUUCCACGUUUGAGGCCGUCUUAAAAUGGAAAAGUGAUCUGGAUAGUAAAGUCCACCUUCCAAAUGGCAGUCCUAUUCCUGCUGUCCUCUUAGCUAAUAAAUGUGACCAAAAAAAGGAUGGUGGCCAGAAUCCUCCCCAGAUGGACCAAUUCUGCAAAGAACAUGGUUUCACUGGAUGGUUCGAAACUUCUGCAAAGGAUAACAUAAACAUCGAUGAAGCAGCCCGGUUCCUCGUGGAGAAUAUUCUUGCAAACCACCAAAGCUUUCCUAAUGAAGAAAACGACAGGGACAGAGUUAAACUGGAUCAGGACACCUUGACCGCAGAGAGCAAGUCCCAGUGUUGCUGACAUGGCUUCUGCUUCUGUCCCACGAGCAGAUGCAGCCUGCCUGGGCUGGAGCCAGGCCUGAGUAUGGAUAAGGUGGCAGAUGUGCUGUCCUGUGAGUCUUCCCAGGGCUGCACUUUAAAGGAAUGCUCUGGUUUUUCCUCAGGUUGGAUAUAUCUUUCUCCCUGUUCUGAAUGACAGUGACAGCACCCCCAGGAGCCUGGCCCACACAGGGCUUCUCUGGUGGUUGCCAUAAGUUCAGGAUAAUGUUUACAUCCUCUGUAACAUCUUUUUAAAUGAUGUCUCUCCCCCAGCUCCCGCCCCACCCCUUUACCAACUUCCAAGUUGUGCCUUGUGGCGGGAGUGCUGAGGUGAGAAA